UUCAAGAUGGCGGAAGCAGAACAGAUUUUGGAUCAGUUCGACGAAGAUGAUGUGGAAGAAGACACUCCCCUGGAGAAACGAAAGAAGUUGUUUUCUAAAGAAUUGCGCUGCAUGAUGUAUGGAUUUGGUGAUGACCAGAACCCCUACACAGAAUCUGUGGACCUGCUGGAGGAUCUUGUGAUUGAGUACAUCACUGAAACAACAAAGAAAGCUAUGGAUGUUGGACGGCCCGGUAAGAUUGCAGUCGAGGACAUUAUCUUCCUGAUACGAAAAGACCCCAAGAAAUAUUCGCGAGUGAAGGAACUUUUGAUGAUGAACGAGGAACUUCGAAAGGCCAGGAAAGCCUUUGAUGAAAUUAAAUAUGUACAGACAAAGUGAGGUGCUGUCAGAUAACCUUUGAAGGUCAUACAUGGACUGUAUUCAAUAGUGGAUGAAGUUGUCGGUCUGCUGGAAUUUGGAAAAAUAUCAGAGGGCACGCCUUUCCCCUGGUCUGUUCAUGUAAAUGGAGAAAGACCAUGAUUGGACUGAAUUCGUGUACCUUGCCUAUAUCCCAGGGAGAAUAGGAUUGAGAGGUGCAAGAUGGAAAUAGAUUCGAGUACAAAGUAGAUUGGUUCAGUACUUGCAAGUGCAAAAUAGACUGGUCCAGUACUUCUUGUGGGUACAAAAUAGACAUGCUCAAUUCUUGCGAGGGCAAGAAAAUCUGACCUGUCCCUGCCUACCUGGGCCCAGUUCCUCAAUUUACAAACACCUUGUUAACAUAUCGCUAAUUGAGCAACAGGGCCCUGAAGAAUAUUCAUAGAACAACUGUCAAACAUGUAACUUUACUGUCAGGAUUUGUGCAUCAAUUCAAAAGAAAAGUUCAUGUAAAUAUCACAGUAAUUUUAUUCACAACAAUUAUUAAAGAAAACAUCUUUUUUAAA